AUGACUUGCACAUCGACAUAUUACGAGAUCUUAGACAUCCCGUCGUCUCUUCGAAAUGCAACACAUAUUCCGGUAGCAACUUUGCGAAGCGCAUAUCGACGCGCACUUCUUCGAAAUCAUCCUGACAAAUCUCAAAGCCAAGAACAAGGUCAUAUAAACAGACCCCAAACGCUUUAUACUAUUGAUCAAAUAUCCGUGGCUUUCUCUCACCUAUCGGACUCCAAACUACGAGCACAAUAUGACAAGGAAUUGAGAUUGCAGAAUCGCUCUAUAAAUGGGGCAGGACAAAAGGAAGGAGAAGUUUUCCGAACGGGUGUUGAAGUUGUCGAUUUGGAUGAUUUGAAUGUCGAAGAAGAGAAUGGUAUAUGGUAUAGAAGCUGUAGAUGUGGAGAUGAUCGAGGGUUCUUAAUUCGAGAGCAAGAUUUAGAGGAGGCAGCUGAAGAUGGUGAGAUCAGUGUGGGAUGCAAGGGAUGUAGUCUCUGGCUCAAGGUUCUUUUUGGUGUAAUGGAGGAUCUGCCAGACGAUAAGGGAUCGGAUACAUAG